GCUUGCUGCAAAAAUACUGGAAGAUUAAUGGCUUUAUUUUGAAAGUGUUCCGUUGGACUCAUGAUUUUGAUCCAAAUAUUGAUUCCCCAUUGAUUCCAGUUUGGAUUAGUCUUGAAGGUCUUCCCAUUCAAUUUUUUGAUUUUCUGGCUUUAUAUUCCAUUACCAAUUUGAUUGGUAAACCACUGAAAACUGAUGCUGCAACAGCAAGCCUGUCAAGGCCAUCUGUUGCACGUAUUUGUGUUGAGGUUGAUACCAGUGAGGAACUGCCCCAUGGUGUCUGGAUACAUCUUGGACAACUUACUUUUCAUCAACCUAUCCACUAUGAAGAUCUCCCUGAAUGCUGCCCCUCUUGCAAAUCCUUUGGACACAAAAACUGCAAAAAAGCCACAAAAUCCACUGUUGGUGAAGGAAUUGCCAGGGACUAGGAAUACAGCUCUUGCUGUAGCCGUCCCUCUGUUGCAAACGGUGGACACCACCUUAAAACUUGUGGCAAAACAAGUUGAUAGUCAGAAUCAGGAUGGUGCUAAUGAAAAUGAUACCACUUCUGUAGAAACAAAUUCUCCUGCCCAGGUUGAAACAAAUUUGAUUCAAUCUGAUCAAAAAUCUGAGGCAAUUAAUCUAGAACAGAUACUAGAACCUGGAGCUGAAACCCUUGAAAUAGAUCAUGAGGUACAAUCUGCAAGCGACACGUAUACAAAUAUGGCAAGAGUUGAAGCUUUGGCAACCACCAUUGUUAAUGGUAGGGAUGCUAAGGCUCCCGAGCCAGCUGGCAGUGCUGAAGUCAAAGUUGCGUUGGUAGAGCUUGAACAAAUCUGUGUUGGUGAGGAUGCUCAGGAGACCAUCCAAAAUCCAACUUACACCGACCCUAAUUCCGAGAUUGUACAAAGCUGUGUGGCACACAAACUGUCCCCCAAGACAGAUUUGGAAGGCACACAGUACGAAGAAGAAUUCCCUCCCUUAACUACAACAACGGAGGAUUUUCCAGCCCAAAAUUAUAAUAGUGAUGCACACACUCUUUCCCUCGAGAAAGAGAUGGAUGGCACGCUAUCCCCUUCUAUCAAAGGAGAUGAUGAAACUAUUUCUGAUCCUUCUUUUAGCACAAGUUUUUUCCCACCAGUAACUAACAAUGCAGGUAAUGACCAAACUACUAUCGGCCCUGUUCUUCAAUCUUUUGAGGUGGACGGACAGCACUAUGAAAUCAGGUCCUAUGAAGAAGCGGAGACAAGUAACCUAAGGGAGGACCCUAACGACUUCCAAGAUGUCCAGAACAGACGCAGCAAAAAAGCGGGGAAGAGGGGAACAGCACCAAGGACGAUUAAAACUAGAACCUACGAUCCAAAUCUUGAAGUUGGAACGGUGAGCGAGAUCACUAGAUACUGGCCCAGCCGCAAAUCAACCACAAUGGAGAAAAUUGUCACCACCAAAAGUUAUUCUGGGCCCUUUUGGGUUCAUGCCGAGUCUUCUCUAUUGGCUGGAGCUUGGCGGUACUUUCAACAAAAUGGAAAUUUCAACGCCUCCACCGAUCAACAAAAUGGAAAUUUCACCAUCGUGUACGUUGGGCUAUUUAUAUUCAAUUUUGCGAGAUGGGAUGAGACACCAUCUCAGGGAUUCCUCCUAGGGCUGAACCUGCAACAGUUUGGUAAAUUAUUCUUCAGUUUUAAAUUAUGGCCUGUUUUUUACGCCUUUGCAAUCCUGUUUGCAAAAUCUGGCCUGAAUUCAUCCUUGGGCUACAAAAACUUUGCACAAACAUCCAUAAAGGUCUGUAACGAAUCUAAUAAUUGCCUAUUUGUAUUAUUUGAUGUAAUGGCUCUGAAAAUCAGGAAAGGAUUGAAGGGAACAUUGCUUACAGAUUCCAAGAUAUCACUUUCUUCAAUGGGUCUAUGGAACUAAUGGCCGUCCCUAAAAAAGUAAAAAGAAGCUUCAUCCUAACUUCCUUAACAUGACAAUUAAUUUUGAACACGCUAAAAGUACACUUUCAUAACCUUUUCAAAUUGCUAAAGCAGGUUACUCAUCACCAGACUUACCUUACAAAGCUAUUGCCAAUGAAUCGCAGGUUAUUCGUCACAAGAGGGGGGAUACGAAAUGGACCAAAGGCAUUGAAACCUCAACCUCUGAUAAGUACUUUCAAUAGCUCAUUGCACCCAAACUUGAAUGCCCACUGCCAUAAAAAAAAAAAGAACGACAAUCCCAGUAAAACCCCACGAAAGUAGGGUUUGGAGAAGGUGAUAUGUAUCCAAAACUCACCCCUACUUGGAAGUAUGCCUAUAAACUCUCAAACACAUUAUGUAAUUUAGUAGGGUGCUUAAGGCCAUGUGACAUUCAGAUUCCACUAAACCGGCUAUAUUUACCCUGUCAAACGCCACACACAAUGGUUGGUCUUCAUUCUUAAAGCCUGUUAAUGUCAUAUUCAUUCUUUUUGUACUUAUUCACAAUUUUUAAACAUGGGAAUAGCUUAAUGCACCCCUGCAAUUGGUUGUUGGGUUAGGUUCUGGGUAGGGA